CAAAAAUUGAACCAUUCUAUGGUCGGGGAAGAUGGAAUGGUAAAUACGGAUUAUUUCCAAAACUGGACACCUGAUUCUUCUUUUGUUGAGGCCAUGCGUGAUCUUGUGGAUAAGCUCCAGGGCAAUCCUUACGAAUACCCAGCCGAGGAAGAAGUUUCAACAUCGGAUGCUCCAGAAGUGGUUCAGGAGCCUCCCGUGGUGUAGGUUUGAGUUCAAUCCCAAUCUUAAAUGGGAAGAUAUCCGUCUCACAAGCACCUUGCUUGGCCAAGGAUCCUACGCCGCUGUGUACAAGGGCAUCUAUAAUAACGAAGAAGUCGCUGUGAAGGUGUGGAAGCAGCAGUUGUCGCAGAGCGACAAGGUCUACUUUGAUCGCGAGGUGGACAUCCAGAAGAGACUGGACCAUCCCAACUGUCUGAAGCUCUAUGGAGUGACGACAAGUCCCCAGGGCUAUCCUGUGCUCAUCACCGAGCUCGCAGACUGCUCGCUGACGAAGCUCACAACGCAGCGAUCGCCGCAAUUGCCUCCCCUGAGUGCGCAAGAGAAGUACAACUUCAUUCUGGAGAUCGCGAGGGGAAUCGCGUACAUCCAUUCCUGCGGCUUUGUGCAUCGCGAUAUAAAACUGGAUAACAUCCUGAUCAAAAACGGACAUGUCAAGAUCGCUGAUUUUGGGCUGGCUCGUUCGAUGCAGCCGGUCUCGCUUAUUGUGACGUUCGCUGGUUCGCCGAUGUUCAUGGCACCCGAGCUGAUUAUGGGGCAAAAAGUGACACAAACAAUCGAUAUCUACUCUCUGGGAUGUGUGAUCGACGAGAUCAUGACUGGAAAGACUUGCUUUUGGGAUUAUUGCAUGAAGGGAGUCACGCAGGAACGAUUCUUUAGAGAUAUUCGCCACGGACUGAGACCUACUAUCGAUCGAAGUCUUCCAAAAGAAGUCCGCUAUUUGAUUGGAGACUGUUUCAAGGAAAAGAAGUAUCGUCCCAAUGCGGAGACAGUUUGCCAUUGGAUUGAGAAUUGGGAAUACCAGAAAUGGGAGCCCAAACAGAAUAAAUGUGCGUAGAUCAUGUGAUGGU